GCGGGGACUUGUCAGGACGAUUUGGAAAGAGGAAAGGAAGAGGAGGAGCGAGGAUCCAUGGCGGCUUUGGUUGCUGUUUGUGGUGUUCUAGGGAGGAAAAAGUUAACGCAUUUCGUAAAGGCUGCUCUCUGCCUCACAGAUCCUGGGACUCACGCGGUGCUGUGGAGGAGUUGUUCACAAUAUAAGCAUGUAGCCGGCAAUGAGGACCUGCCCGUUCCAAUGGAAAAUCCUUAUAAGGAGCCUCUUAAAAAAUGUAUCUUGUGUGGAAAACGUGUGGAUUAUAAGAAUGUACAGCUUUUGUCCCAGUUUAUUUCUCCAUUUACUGGAUGCAUUUAUGGAAGGCACAUAACAGGUCUUUGUGGGAAGAAACAGAAAGAAAUCACAAAAGCAAUUAAGAGAGCGCAAAUAAUGGGGUUUAUGCCAGUUACAUACAAGGAUCCUGCAUAUCUCAAAGACCCUAAAGUUUGUAACAUCAAGUAUCGGGAAUAAAUCAUAGGAGUCUUAACAUCCAUAAAUAAACAUAUUUUACAAUAAA